ACCAAACAUAAACAAAACAUUGGCGAUGAACAAUACCCUCAAACACCUACCGAUCUCAUCAUUGCUAUUGCAAGUGCCAUGAAACCGCACACCGACAUUCUUGAUUGGUUAUCGCACGUUGAUUUCCAACCCGAUUCCCCGUCGCCGUCACACGCAAAUCGAGUUCCCAAACGUCACCGCGACUGUAGCCAACCUCUUUCCCCGCCCUCAUCCGAGCGCAUCGAGACAUCUGCGCCGAAGCCUCAUUACAUGUCCGAAAGCGAUAUACCUACUUCUAAGAGGCGGAGGCUUGGACUUGAGGGGAAUAACUAUGACGAGGAGGAUCAGCAGCAGACGCCGAGGGCGAGCGAGAACUCGAGGUCUCUACAAGAUGAAACCCGAUGGUCAACUUCGCCCACCAAACGACAUCAGGGACUGCAACGAAACCAUUCCACCCAGGCAGUCUCUAUCAUCUCUGUCUCUUCCCAGUCCGACUCGCAGUCCCAGGCCUCCAGCAGAACAUCUGGGAGGUCAUCGCCAACCAAGAGAAUGGCCGCCAUGGAGCUGAACUUGGAUGGGCUCGAAUCGCGUACACUCUCGCUAACAAACCCGGACCUGCCUAACGCCUUAGCCGAUCUACUCUCCGAGAUGGAGGUCUGCAGCACGGGUGCGGGUGUGGUGUCGCGAUCUCGCAAGGACGAGAUUGACGCCCAAGCUUCAACCGACCGAUCCUUCGCUGUUUUUCGGGACUUCAUGUUUGGCAUCCCCGAAGCCCGCGAUCGAUUUGGCACCACCCCAACUGUCCCCGACGUGCAAUGGAUAUUGGAGGAAGCGCGAGAGUGCCAGGACACAAUACAGUCCGAGUCAGGUUGGAAUAUGGCAGUCCACUUCCCACUGCUGCAAAAAGCCAUCUACGGCUGCCAGCGCCGGAAACAAUUGGUUGGGACAGCCCCGUGCACAACGGCCAAGAUCAUCAACCAGUAUCUUCCUUCCGCGUCUCCGACCAAAAUGGUUGACUUCAGUCUCUUCCUUGCUCCAGAUUCGGCCCCUAUCUCGGCAGCCAACACGGCCGCUCUACAAGCGAUACAAUCCCUGCGCCGUGUCCUACCAUGCAACGUGAUCAACCACACUGACUUCCCGCCUCUCCGAAACCGCCCAAUUGCACUCAGCAUUGAGACGAAGAGGCGCGGCGGCGGCGAGCAGCAGGAGGCGGACCUCCAAAUCGGCAUUUGGCACGCUGCUCAGUGGAAGUUUCUCUCUCGCCUUGUCUCCGACGCUGGCGGUGACUUGGACACUCUGCCCUUUCUACCAGCCAUUAUUGUCCGUGGCCAUGAGUGGAGCUUUGCAGCCACGACACGAGAGGGGCAAAAGACGGUCCUUUGGUUAGAACGGAACUUUGGAUCGACAACAAAUGCCUUGGGAGUGUAUAGUAUUGUUUGGGGAUUGCAGCGACUUGCAGCGUGGGCAGAGCAUGUAUAUUGGCCUUGGUUCAAGCAAAAUGCUCUUGGUAUGUAAGAGUUCAUCAGGGU